AUGAAUGGAAUUGAAGACAGCAAUCCAUUUGAAGAGCUUAAAGAAUAUGAAGUGGUUGUGGCAUACGACGAUGAAAACAAGAAGCUUUCCAACGUAAUGAAGGAUAGAGGGCUUGAUUAUGUCGAGGUGAAUCUGGCGGUUUCUGAGAAGCUCAGGACAGAAUUUAUGAAACAUUUUAGAGUUUCUGAACUCCCUGUGCUCUUGAUUGAAGGAAUACCUGCUCUUGACGAUCCAAGUGAAAGGAUUAAGGAGUAUAUUGAGAGAAAAGAGAAAAAAUCCUUAGAGAAAAUUCAGAGUGUGAUUGAUCCUAACAAGAUUACUCUUUUCAUUAAGGGAUCCCCCGAACAUCCAAGAUGUGGAUUCACCAAGUCCCUUAUAGAAAUUUUGUAUGGCUUAGGAGUAACAAGGGAUAAAAUAGAAUACCUUGAUGUUCUUUCAGAUGAGGAUAUUAGGGAGAGACUAAAAGAAAUAAACAGAUGGCCCACUUUUCCACAGGUAUACAUUAGGGGCCGAUUCAUAGGGGGGUUGGAUAUUGUCCGAAAGAUGUCUGAAAAAGGAAAGCUUAAAGAUGAACUCUCAGGAAUAAUCUGA